AUGGCGGCCGCCAUGGAGCCUCAGACGACGGAGAAGGAGAGCAACAAUGGCGGCGUCGUCGGCGAGAGCAACGCCGGGUUCCUGGGGUGCGCGGCCGCCGGGCUCGCCGGGAAGAUGGCGAGGGUCGCGCGGGACGACCCGCGGCGGGUGGCGCACUCGCUCAAGGUCUGGCUGGCGCUCACCCUGGUGUCCGUGUUCUACUACGUCACGCCGCUGUUCAACGGCUGGGGGGACUCCACCAUCUGGGCCGUCAUCACCGUCGUCUUCGUCAUGGAGUUCACCGUCGGCGCCACGCUGAGUAAAGGCCUGUGGCGAAUCAUUGCCACGCUGGCUGCCGGCUCCCUCGCCGUCGGGGCGCAUCUUGUGGCGCGCUUCUGGGUGGUUGUGACAGAACGUUACAGUGACCAUGGAGAGCCAGUACUGCUCGCCGUGUUCGUCUUCGUAGUAGCGUCGGCGGCGAGGUUCUCGCGGUUUGUCCCGGAGGUGAAGGCAAGGUACGACUACGGCGUGAUCAUCUUCAUACUGACCUUCGCGCUGGUGACUGUGUCGAGCUACUGUGUCGAGGACCUCAUCGAGUUCGCACACGAGCGCCUCACCACCAUCCUCGUCGGCGUAGCCGCCUGCCUCUUCACCACCUUCGUUUUCCCGAUCUGGGCUGGAGAGGACCUCCACAACCUUGCCGCCACCAACCUCGACAAACUGGCGGAGUUCCUCGAAGGAAUAUUGGAGUCUGAAUGCUUUGGCGAGAACUCAUGUGAGAGAUUAGAAGGCAGAGCCUUUCUUCGGGUGUACAAGAGUGUCCUGAAUUCCAAGGCCGCGGAGGACUCGUUGUGUGCUCUCGCCAGGUGGGAGCCUAUCCAUGGCAAAUUCCGCUUUCAUCACCCAUGGAGCCAAUACCAGAAAAUCGGCGCCCUUUGCCGCCAAUGUGCGUCUUCUAUGGAGGCUCUUGCAUCCUAUGUUGUCACCUCAAAAAAGUCUCAGUAUCCUGAAGCCAAUCCAGAGCUAUGUGUGAAAGUUGGGGCAGCAUGCGGCGCGAUGAGCUCGCGCUCCCCGAAGACACUCAGAGAGCUCUCGUCGGCAGUGAGGACGAUGACCACACCGUCUCCAACCAACGACGACGUGCCUGCAGCCAUCGGAACAACUGCGAGUGAUUUCAUAGCCGAGUUGUCAGAGGAUGAGGCUCUGCUGCAGGUAAUGCAAGCCGCUGCCAUUGUGUCUCUUCUCUCGGACAUAGUUACGCAGAUCAAGAAAAUUUCAGAAGCUGUUGAAGAUCUUGCACGGCUCGCCCGCUUCGAGAAGACUCAGAGGACUGGACAUGCUGUGGUUGUCAACAUAGAGGAUUAAUAGGCCGGCGAUCUUUUUACGGACUUGAUAUGAGUCUA